AUGGACAAGAAUGGUGCUCCAAUGGCGGACUAUGAUAAGAUUACGGAGGCGAUAGAGAAUGUCGAGAAACUCAUACAGGUCUUCUGCAAGAAAAAGUAUCAGCUGAAGGCAAUGCUGAACUUAAACACUCCUAUUAUGAAACGUCUUACUCGGGAGAUGCUGGCCAGGAUCUUCAUUCUCAUCAAUGAGUCUGUGGACACGAUGCCAAAGAUGACCAUGCCAACUCCCUUUCUCCUCGCCCAGGUCUGUACAGCCUGGAGGAAGUUGGUACAAUCGACACCACGCUUAUGGAGCACUAUCUCCAUCUCGUUUUCGACAGAAUUACAAGAAGGCCAGCGGCGCAUGCUCAAGGAGUGGCUCACCAGGUCAGCCAAUUACCCAUUGGAUGUCAGAAUAUACCGCCCAAUGCCCAAAUCUACUACUUCCGACCCGGAAAGUGGAGAGCCUCCACAAGAAACCAUUCUCUUACUACUCGCAUCAUCGGCGCAGUGGCAAUCGUUCACAGUACUCGAUGGUGGACCCUUCCAAGGACUUCGUGACGAAUUAGCAUCCGAAUUCCAUCACUUCCCCAAUCUUCAAAGCGUCGCCAUUCAUGGCCAUGCCAACGGAUGUCUGCUUUGGAACUUCCACUCCCCACCCCGAUUGAAAACAGUUCGUUUUGAUCGACUGGGUCGGGCGUCUAAUCUUUGCGUCGAUUGGAAGAUUGUCCAUCACCUCGAUGCUACUGUCGGCAUCACAGACUGCAUGUUCGUCCUCCCUCAAGCUCUGUCCCUCAAGACACUGAAGUUCGACAUGAGGCAUGAAGAACCCGAAGAUACUCAUUUACAAGAGCACACUCUCUUAUGCAACCCAGAAGCCCAACCCAUAGAUCUCGCUUUCCUCACCGAUCUCUCCGUCCGCUCCGAGUGCAAAGGGCAAAACUUCGACACCCUUUUUGGCAAAGUGUUGUUACCUGCCUUGAAGAAUCUUUCGGUGGAAGUCUCCCUAUUCUCGCAACGUGUACAGUGGUGGAGUUCCUUCCUUGAUUCCAUCGAUCGAUCCGAGUGCACGCUAACUCACCUCAGCAUCACUACAGCGGGAAACCCCUCCGAAGAUGAAAUUCUCGAUUUCCUUCGCUUCCUCCCUUCUCUCGAGCACCUAACUCUCUGUACAACGCUAACUGGUCGCUCCAGGACCCCAUUGACUGAUGCCACAGUGGAUUUCCUAACAGUUCCGCAACAGGAACCCUAUGAACGCCCCAUUUCCCAAUACCUCCCUUCCUUGAAAUCCUUUUCCUACAACGGAAAUGUUGAAGUCGAUCCUGAAACUAUCCUUUCCAUGAUCCAGUCUCGGACUGGGUCUCAACGCCCGGAAGGCGAACAUACCACCUUGGUUCAAAAACUGGAAUCCUUCAAGCUUAUUUAUCAUAACAAAUCAUGGGCUCAGGAACAAAACCCGAAUAGGAUGCAACAUUUUUAUUUUGCCCUGGCGAAGAUGGUUUUUGCUGGGAUUGUAGUGGACCUUGUUUGGGAUCCUGAAGUGAAAUCAUAG